UGAGGAAUCGCCGCUUGACACUAAACCCUUCUCUAUCUAUGGCUUUCAGAUAUUAACUAAUUUCUCAAUCUACUCCAUUCCCAGAAGAGGAGGAUUUUAUAACUCUAAAAUCAUGAAGAAAGUGGUUUUCUAAUUUCUACUUUCAACCUGAUACGGCGAUACCCGGAUCGCAUUGAUGUUGAAUACGGAAGCUUAAAACUGCUGGGUGCAUACUCUCUGUGGAGAUCAAUUAUUAACGAUAUCAUUUAUAAAGUUAGUAUCAAUGAAGAAACAAAAUUCGGUGACUACGGUGACUGCCUGUUUGGUCUUCUUUGUGUUCUUCUUCAUGUUGCAGUGCAACCUCUCUAUCAUAUCGAAAUUAAACCUAUCACAUUCAACCAGAAUUCAUCAAGACAAAAAUGACCUAGAACUGAAAUCAACAAGCAAGUUGGACCAACUUCCUCAGCCACCUUCUCAAUCCCCACAAAUCAGCUGCGAUAGAUCUCACCAUAAUUAUGAUUUAUGCGCAAUCACCGGUCCUACAGUUCUUGACUCCACAACAUCUAUUUUGUUCCUUGUCGACUCUUCCACCUCAACACCGCCUUCAAUUGUUGAAAAAAUUAGGCCUUACCCUCGAAAAUGGGAGAAGUUUAUGAUGAACAGAAUCAAAGAACUCACCAUAACAUCAAGCCCAGAAAAUCCAAAAUGUGAAGUGCAGCACCAUGUUCCAGCUUUAGUAUUUAGUGUAGGUGGGUACACUGGAAACUUCUGGCAUGAAUUUAACGACGGGUUCAUUCCCCUCUUUAUAACCGUCAACUCAAUCUUCCCUGAUCAAGAUUUUGUUCUUGUUAUCAGUAAAGCUCGUGAUUGGUGGGUUAACAAGUAUGCAGAUUUAUUACAAACAUUCAGCAAGUAUCCUAUCGUAAAACUGGACGAUGAUAACACCACUCAUUGUUUUCCUUCUGCCACUUUGGGUCUUAUCUCACAUGGUUUCAUGACUAUAGAUCCUGCUUUGAUGCCAAAUUCAGAAACCUUCACUCAUUUUCGCGCCUUCCUCGACAAAGCUUAUGGCAAUGGCCGAACCCACCCAAUACUAAAGCGCAAGUCUCCGGUGGCUAGGCCGCGGCUUGUGUUGCCGAGUCGCAAAGGUAGCCUCGGACGUGCUAUCUUAAAUCAAGAUGAAGUAAAACGUGUUGCGGAGGAAGUAGGUUUUGAUGUUAUUGUAUUUACACCAACUGCGAAGACCUCAUUGCGCGAAGCUUAUGCUCUUAUAAAUUCAAGUCAUGCUAUGGUUGGGGUACACGGUGCAGCUCUAACGCAUUCAUUGUUUCUUCGGCCGUGAUCGGUGUUCGUGCAGGUGGUGCCGUUAGGGCUUGAAUGGGUUGCGGAGGUGUGUUUCGCGAAAUCAGCUAGGGCUAUGGGGUUAAAUUAUAUGGAAUAUAAGAUCAAUGCAGAGGAGAGUAGCUUGGUGGAAAAGUAUGACAGGAAUGAGUUAUUGAUAAAGGAUCCAGGUGCUUUUCGAGGAAAUAAUUGGUCCGAAGCUAUUAUGAACAUAUAUUUGAAGGAGCAAAAUGUUAAUUUUGAUUUGGUUAGAUUUAGAGAAUAUACGAAGGAAAUGUAUAAGAAGGCCAAACAAUUUAUGGACAGGGAAGGGUAGUUUUGUCAUUUGUGUG